CGCAUACCUGGUUUCAUUACUGAGAAAAACCUGCCACAGGUAGCACGUCCUCAGGUGAGAGCGUUACAUACAGGUGUGCUACAAUACGGAUUCAGAUACGGAGAACCAUACUACUGGUGCGGCGCCGACUGUGUCCAAUACUCAACUGAAUGGCUAUUUGUUGACAUUUGUUUUACCCUUUCUGGAAAAAUUGUGAAAUUUAUUGUGACAAAUAACUGUUAUUUAAAACAAUUCUGUGAAAAAUGUCUUUCAUUUUUGGACGGCAUAAGGAGAGGGAUGCUGGAAAAACCCACAAGUUUUACGUGGAGUUCCUCGGAUGGAUAGAGUGCCAGGCUCUCCGAGGGAGGAAAUAUACAGAUCCCGUUGUGAAUGAUUUGAGGAGGAAACAGAGGAAAUGGAGGAACGCUCCCAAGUUAACGCUACAGGUGAGCAAGAAAGAGAUGAAAAUAUCACAAGAUAUGGAAGAAAAGAAACGUAAAAUAAGAACGGUCAAAUUUCCUAAUAUUCCUUCAAGAGACAUAACUUAUGUUACCCAGGCAACUGACCCUAGUACUGGGAGACCUGACGACAUUGUAGCGUGUAUCUACCUCGGGUUCGUGCCGCGCACGCAGAAAUACGUGCACGUGCAUGUGUACAGAUUUGAUACACCAGAAACGGCUUCAAACUUUGUCCGGAUAAUGCACCAUAUCAUAAGCGGCCACGCCGACAGAGUUCGGCAAAUUGAGCAGGACCUGGCCUCUCGAGGCUGGAUAGAUGAUACACGCUUGAACCGUUCGGACGGGCUGAGCGAUCCACAUACCUCCGACUCGGCUCCCGACUCCGGGGCCAGCACUUACAGCGGGGAUGAUGAUACUCUACCAUCAGAUGAGAUUGAACCCGACCUCCAGAGUCUCAAGGAUGUUAUGGCAUUCGACUCCGUAACAGACGAACUCAAACAGAGGCUGAACCUCGGACCAGCCAAGAAGCCUACCGGACCGAUUUUACUCCCGCCAAAAGAUUACGACACCAUCAGCAGACGACAGGGAAACCUAGAUAAGGUGGACCUAAGAAAGUCUUUGAACAUCAACAUUGUUGGACAGGUGGCUUCACCUCGCCACAGAAACGGCUCAAACGAGAGUGGCGUCGACCUCAACUCGCCUUCAGAUGAUUCUGACGAUGGUAAAAUAGUUGAGCCGGUGUCUCCUAGUGAAGAGGCGAAAUCCUCUCCGCCUCUUAGUGCAAGAGACAUGGUGUAUCCUCCUCGCAAUGCCAAUGGACUAAAUGAAUCGUUCCAACGACACUCGCCAAACAGACAACAGUCGUUUAACUCCGCGUACAGUAGCAAUAGUUAUCGGAGUGGUUCCUCGAAUAACUCCAACGGACUUAGGGACUCUAUGAAUAAUUCUGACGGGAGUUUCAGGGUCUACAAGGGCACCACGGAUAUCCCAGCAGCUGACUAUGAUAACGAACCUGUUAUCAUGAGACGCGAAAAUCAGUGGCGAAGCACGGAUAUGGGACGUUCAGUCGCGUUUGCUCAGGAUUAUCCUGGAAUGAGGAGAAUCACUGCCCCUCAAAUGACCGUUCACGAGGAAGACGGACCUAUGUAUGCUGUUGUGAACAAGCAAAGGCCAAGGUCAACACGUGACAUUCAUAUUCACGAAGGAUACUCCCCAAGGCCAGGUGACUUUCGAGUGCGACGGACAGUUUCUAUGUACAAUAAGUAGAAAAACUACAAAACACACAACAAAUCGUGAAAAGUGUUGCCAAAGAUCUUCUUUGAAAUCCUGAAAGUGUCUGAUUAUUUCGAUAGGAGAAAGGACUCUGUGAUAUUAACAGAACACUACCAGAAUUUUUUCGUGUUUCGAUUUGAGAAUAUUCACGAUUUGGUGAUAACAUCGCGAAAGUGGUCCGGGACAUAUUGAAGCAAUAUAUUUUACACCACCUUUCCACUGGUGGUGACUUUCGACACUCCUCUCAACCUCUCAUAACUCAGAGCCGAGAGGAGUGCCGAAGUGGAAGCUGGUAAACCUUGGAUUAGAAAAGUACAUUCGAUGUUCAUAGAAUUCGACAAAGAGGAAUAUAUACUCUACAUAGUGACGUCAGUGUCUUGAGACAGUUCCUUGCACGUGCUACUGGUCUCGUGUUAGGCAGUGUGGUGACGCUGUGUUUAAGAUUAAAGUGGUCUGCACAUGUAUUGUAAAACGGCUGUAUCAAGUUUAAACACCUGGAUUUUGUAAUAUAAAUUUAUACAUAAACAUAAAUAAAUAUUAUAGAACUAAUUAUUUUAUAAAAACAAAAAACUCAAAGGUGUUUAACCUGGAUACAACCGGAUCAGGACAGAACCACGGAUUUUUGAACACUGAGAAGUGUAUUGUGAUAGUAAACGGCGCCUGUGUGGAGCUGUGUGUUCAGGCUAAAGACAUUAUCAUCCGCAUACUCAGAAUAUCUAUAUUACCUGCUAAUAAUCAAUAUCCACUGUGUGGCUGUGAAGUGAGAGAGAAAGAGUGUGAGGCUAGCGACUGUGGUCAUUGUUUGGAUUGGUGGUCAGUUUAUUUAGGGUGGUCACCACUACAUGUCCAGUUAAAUCAAAGUUUAAAAGUUUGUUUUCGAACAUCGACGCUGUUUACAAAAAUAUGUUUAAACUAGAAGUAUGUUUAGUUCAAAACAUAUUAAACUGAAUUUACAUAAAUUCGAACUAACAUUUUUUUUACCAAGUUUGGAUAAAAUGUAACGAAUCACAAAUGCGUCUAACCGCUUACAUUUAGUUAUAAUGUUUUUUUUUCAAGAACGUCUCAAAAUUGGGCACACUUUUAACCUACUGGACAUUGUAAGUGUGUUAGACUGGACAUGCUGUAAGUCCCGUGCUGACCGGUGUGGUUAAAAGAUUAGCGCGUCUUGAAGUUAAUACUGAUACAAUAGCCAGGGUUUACGGAGACGUUCUUGGUCCGGUUAUUAGAAAUAAUCCCUGUCUAAUGGUUUAGAGUGAGACUAACCUAUUUCGCACUCUUCAUUAGACAAUUUUAACGACUCUGACCCAUAUGUGUCUACCUAGAAAUCUAUUUUUUCAAAUGAUUUUAACAAAAAAAUAGCAAGAAUCAAAAUAUUUGUAUACUUCUUGAAUACAUUUUACACAAUUUUAUACCUCAUAGAUUUAAAUUAAGAUUGCAAUGAUCGGAUUUGUGCACAGAUGUGCGGGUGACCCAUAUUGUGUCCCCCAAGUUUCGUUAAGGGUACUGUAACUCUGAGAUGAAUGACACCGGUGUAACUUUGAGAUGAAUGGAACCGGUGUCCUAUGACGGUUUUGGAAGUAAUUCGACAACACUUGUUACCCGGUAGAUCCACACUUUUAAGAAUAUUAUAUUUAUAUAUACGCUGUCCCACGGCCCUGGUUCUACGGUUUGGAACACCGCCAAAAAUUUAAAUGAGAUACAUUGUAUUCAAAAAAAUAUAUAUAUUAGAAAAAAUGUCUUGUGUGCACGAAUACUACAAACAAAAGUUAUAUAGAUACCAUUGAUAUUGAUAAUUAUGUUUGACAGAUCUAAAUUGUCAGGGGAUUUUAAAGUUGUGAGAUUUGUUUUUGGUAACAGUGGGUCAUUAUUGAAUUGUCCCUGGCGAUUUCCGCGUGUAUCUGUCGUUCCGAUCGCUAUAUUUUCAAACAAUGGUUACCGAAACAUUACCGAACAAUGCAAACAGGAAAACAACCAACGGGCCCUAGGAACUGGCCCUUUGUCAUCAAAACCAUACAUUUGUUAUAUAAUGAAUAUAAUCUUGACGAUUUAUCUAUCGGCACAUUGACGUGUAUCUAUUUGACAAUAACGGGUUGUUCUAGUAGUUUCUUAAUUAAAGUCCGAUCCAGCGGACAAUAGGUCUGAUUACGUUGUAGUUUAAAUUCGGAUUUUGGAAAAUGCGGGGUUGGGUCACGCGCCAGUAAAUUUCAAAAACUUUCACCUGCCCGUAUCACCUGACAUUUAGAAGCCGAUCCCGGCCUACCUGUUGUUGUAACACCUGUAUAAUAAAACCCAAUUAACACCUGUGAGGGGAAACUUAUUUUAGGACAAAUUUGUACUUUCUCCGUUAAAAUUUUAUAAUAACGUAAAUAAAAUUUCCAAACAUAAUUUUGAGUACAAAGAAUUUUAACAUGUUUUCUGUGAAACUAUUCAGAAUAUUUGAGUUACUUGAACUAUAAAAACACUAUACCUCGUUUUGUAACCUCGAGACAAACAUCUUUUGAUCUUAAGUGCUUCAGAAAAUUGACAAACGACGAUAGGCUUCAUUUACAUGGUAUGUCAAAAUUGCCCUCGAACAAAAACCCACGUCGCAAUUACAAGAUGGAUAGUGUAUGUUUAACUUAUAAACUGGCCUAUUGUAUGUAGCACAAACAUUCAAAGGCACACUGUAUAUAUAUAUAUAUCUAUAUAUAUAUAUAUAUAUACAUAUGUCAUACAGUACAAAUUCGACGUCUCAAUAUAUUUUUUAAAAGUAUAACAUUUUUUCGUUUUCAACCUACUUUCAUCUUCUGAAGGUAUUCCUUGUAAAUCAAAAGACCUCUCUGCCACAAAGUGUCUUCAUGACUAUAUAUGUGUGUGGACGUGUAUGGAAAAUAUAGCAUCACUUAUAAUCCUGUGUAUUGCCAUCUGUUGUGUCAGAAAGCAUUGAGUAUGAUUAUGUAACUAUAUCGUCAAAAAAUAAACUUAUUUAUUAUGAA